GUGCUUCAGUUUCUUACUUGUCUUCCGAAAGCAACGAAUCCUCCCCCUCUGAAGCGUCCUUGGGAGAAUGACAAAGGGGGCCAAUGGAAGGCCGAUGGCAAAGGGGGGGAAGGCAAGGGACGAAAAGGCAAGCACAGGGAGGGUAAGAGCACUGGCAGUGCGAUGCAGCUUCCUCCCGGAGCCAAGGCCGGCUUACAUACUGAUUCGCACAACGAUGCCUCUUCCUUAAAUGCUGUCCUUGCCAUAAGCGAAACGCUGCGAGGCGACAUUUUGUCUCCUCAAGAUGGCCCCGCCAUCUUUUCUGCUAGGAGCAUCGACAAACUGCCUGCCUCGGAUCUGCAGACGCUCACAUCUUUGGGGUUCCCGCUUCUCUCCCCCUCGUCGCAAGAUCAAGCUGAUCUCCAGGCACGGGCGCCUCUGGUGCCAACAGUCCAGCUUGACCUGACGCAUCACGGCUGUCAGGCAGGGGCUCAGAUCACCAUCGAGAAUCCCACCAAUUCGUGGUACUGGUCCAUCCUUGCCUUGCAAAUCCGACGGUGCAAGGACAAACAGCUUAAGGCCGUCAGCCUCGCCCACCCGAUGGAUGUUGCUGCGGCCCUUCCGAAAAUCACGUUGGAUGCCAUCUUAAAAAGCUUCUCUUCUGAUCAGAAGUCUCUGGCCCUUAAGCGUAAGAUUGCCUUGAUGAAGGCCGAGAUCCUCGCUAAAAAGCUUGAGAAGGAUGAGGGUGUCCCGCUCGUUGGUGCCUCGGACUGCCCGCCGUGUUUUGAAACCAAGGUGAGGCCGGCGGUUCUAACGGAGGCAGAGUUGCGGGCAGCGGCACCCGACUUGCGUCGUGGAAUGAUGUCUAGGUCUUUGCAUCAGGAGCCGGAGCACACAGCCCAUCUGUUGGAAGCCACUAGAGAGGAGCUCGCUUCGGGGUUUAUCCAAGGACCAUUUACAGAAGAGCAGGUUACAGCUCACUUUGGGCAUCGGCAUUGGCUGGCCAUCCGACGUUUCAUCAUUAAGCAGGGGCAAAAGCUUAGGCCGAUUGAGGACUGCUGCGAAGCACAUUUGAACGAAGCCUAUGCAGCCACCAUCAAACUUCGGUUACAAGAUGCGGAUUUCUUCGUCGCCAUGGCGCUAGAAGUAGCUCGUCUGUCGGGCAACAAUCCAAAGGCUGCCCGGCCUUGGGUAGCUAAGUGCCUCGACUUGGCCAAGGCGUACAAGCAGCUGCCUGUAGCAGGUUGUCACAGGGAUCUUGCGGUCAUCAUGGUAGAAGAAGAAGAUGGGAGUCACUCGUUUUACCUUAGCAGUUCCUUGAUGUUUGGAUCGACUUCAGCGGUCUUUGCCUUCAACCGGGUCUCUAGGAGCAUCUGGUGGCUCCUGACGAAGGUAUUGCAUAUUCCAUGUUCCCAUUUUUACGAUGAUUUCCCAAUGCUCGUUCCUGAAGACAUGGGUUCAGAAGCGGACGCCAGCGCCUCAAGGUCUUUGUCCCUCCUUGGUUGGCGUCAUGCCAAGACUGGGGAGGGAGGCAAAGGUCAUCCUUUCAUGAGCAGGUUUGACGUCUUGGGGCUGUCGGCCGAUGUGGCUAAGCUGCACCUUGGCACAUUGGUCCUUUCCAACAAGGAAGGUCGUGCGGAAAAGAUCCAAGAUCUUCUCUGCGUGGUGUCGGAUGAGGGUCGCAUCACGAGGCAUCAAGGACAAGUCCUCUUGGGGCUGCUUCGCUUUGCAUCAGGGUUCUACGGCGGAAGGACGUUGAG